UUUAGAACAAUUUGCCUUCAAAUCUUCAUUUUCCCAAGCCUAAGUCUCAAACUUAAAAAUCACCUUUUAACUCAUAGAAAAGCCAGAUAAGGUGAAGCGAAGAAACAGUCGCUUUUGGGGAUAUCGAAGAGGCUCAGAAUCAGGGAAUCCCGGAGCUUAAGACAAAUUACUCCCCUUUCAAAUGAGAAAAGUCGAACAAUGGGAUUAAAUACCCAAAAUAAUGCCUUCAAUUACAACAAACUGCAGGUGUCAAGUGGUCUGACAUUUCAUGAAGACACCACCUCUGAAGUGCCUUCAGAAAGGAUGUCUCAGUUUGAUUCUCCUAAAAGAAAACUAGGCAAUAGGAAAUAUAUUAACAGCCAUUAUAAGCGAAGAGAAACCGCAAAGGCUGAAAAGUUCAAAUAUAUCGAAGAUAGUACCUAUAAGAAAAUUGAAUAUGAAACCCCUGCCAAGAACGGUUCCUGAAACAUCAACUUCUCCGGAACAAGUCCAACUGUUCUCAGACCAAUUGAAAAUUACCCAAAGGAAGUGCUAGUUUCAGAGUCGGAUUUGGACAAGGAUAUUGAGGAUUAUUCUACGAAAGACCAUAACUACUGAGAAGUGCCCCAGAUCUUUACUCAGGCUGAAGGAGGCCUAGGAAAGAAGAUAUUUAAAUUCUCUCAACAAAGUUCUACAAAUCCAUCACCACACAGAAUUGAAUAUCUAUCUAAAGAAUUAGAAAAAUUUAGUUCAAGCCAGAAGACAAUGAAAAAGAGCCCUAUUAAGUAUUCCAACAAGUCCAUGCAUUACAAGUUGGACCGAAAUCCUGAAAGUGCAAUGGAGGUCCUAACCAAGAGUUUACUCCUCCAGAAUAGUCUUCAUGACCACUCCUUGAGGUCCAAUUCCAGAGGUAACAAAGAAAAUAAGCUAGAUAUGAGGAAGAAUGAAACUCAGCGUAUAAAUGCAAAGAGACAGUCUAAUGGUCGUUAUGCAUUAAACGAAUCAAGUUUGUAUCAAAUAACCACUCCUCAAGGCAGGUUAUCUUCAAAAGGAAGGCAGAUUGGAUACUCACAAAUUCAUAAAGUUAAGAAAGCGACUUCUACAGUUAGGAGACCCAAUUUUCACAAAUCUUCUCAAAGUCUUAACUGUACUUCUACAAAAGGAAAGACUGUAAAUCGUGUGAGUCCGAUGGAUAAAUCCAGGAGCCCUUCCAUGUCUAAAUCAUCGAGGGCUAAUGACAAGUACAUUUAUAACAGGCUGGAGCAGGAUCUCCUGAAAAUCCUGCAGAGCAGUAUUGUCACAGGCCCUGCCAAUGGAAAGGUAAAUUAUGAAGACUUUGUCAACAUCAUGUUCCAUCUUGGCUUUAUUGUCUCAGAGUCUACAGCUAGAACUCCUUUCGCAGAGGCUGAGCUUAACGAUAGAGAGAAUAAACUCCUGAUCAAAAUCUGGAGUCAUUUAAAGGGAAAAUACAAAGGAUAUAUUAAUCUAGACAAUAUUAAAGUUUACCUUGCUGGGAUCCUCAAUGUUGACCUCAGCUUUAUGUAUGAUAGGUCGUACUUGAAGACUACUACGGAAGCACAGAAUAAGAGAGAUUUCUCACCAUCCUUGACCUUCAAUGGGCUCUUAAGAAGCCAAUCAAACAACCGAUAUGCAGGCAUGUCUACUUCAACCCAACAGGUGAAAAAUAUGAAAUCGAAAAAGACUGGUUAUAAGAGUGUUGGAGUGUUCACCACUAAAGGGAGAUUCUUGUUCAGAAAUAAAGAGGAAAUCAGAAAAAUCCAUUCUUACUACAAACUUCUAUCUGUUCAGAGGCUAAAGUAUGUCUCUCAGACUCCAAGAAAUGGACUUGAUAAAGCUAGAAUAUCGAAGACCAAAGUUCUAUACCAGAACUUCAGGAAGGAGCAUGAGGACUCUUCAGUGAACAGUUCAGGAUAUUUUGGUAAAUCUUUUUAUGAAGAGAGCAAGAAGAGAAGCUGCUCAAGAUCCAGCCUUGCUAAAAGAAGCCAUAUAGAAAGACCUAUAGAGGGAGAUGUGUGUAAGUCAACAGUAAGGCCUUUCAUCAGGAAAAAUGUUCCAGAGAAAGCAAUUCAGAUAAAAUGUGACCUCAGUCAGAAGUAUUUUGAGUCGAUGUCUGAAUUUGAGGAGUCUCAGAUUUCAAAAAGCAAAAAUAACUCAAUCUCAGAUGAUUCUAUUAGAGAAACUUUGAGAACUCUCUCUGUGAAGAACCAAAGCAAGGACCCUAAUGAGAAAUCAGAGGAAGAAAGAAGUCUCACCAUAUUCAAAUGUUCUGAUAAUACUACUGAUUAUGAAGUUGCUUCAAAUGGAAAGCAAUCAGAGAGGUUUGACAGGAGGCAACAGCUGAGGAGAAAAUCUAAAGCAGAUCCUUCUCUGAGAUAUUACCUUCCAAGCGAUAAAGAUAGUGAAAAUCAUGACCAAGAGAUUUAUAAUUUCAAGCAAUCCUUUGUGAGCAUGACUGACAAGACUGCUUUUUACCCAAAUAAUUUCCUUACGACUGUGAAAGAGUCAGAUUGAGAUGGUUCUAAACUAAGAAUCCCAAAAGAGAAAUCUUCAUAUAAUGACUCCAUUAAUCUCAACAAUACGAACCAGAGUAGUAGAGUAAAGGAGGAGGGAUCUCAACUGAUUGUGAAGGGAAGGCCUAACCGUCCUUACCUGUUCAUCGAUGUGAUAAUCAACCAGGACUACCACCCUCUAAAAGAGAGCAUAAGCGUGUUUGAAGGAGACACUGCAGAAAGCUUGGCUAUGGAAUUCAUAAAAGAACAUUCUUUGAACGAAGAGAUCAUUGAAAAUCUUACAAACAUGAUUAAGCACCAAAUAGCCAAGGUUAAAAAUAAUUCCAAUUAGCUAUACUUAUUCUUGGUAGGGAGGUUAAGGACUG